AUGUCAGAGUUUAUUGAAUAUGACGAAAAAUCCAAUCAAUGGAUCAAGCAUACCAAUAUCAACAGUACUAGAAUUACUUCCGAACAAAUAAUUGUUGAUGAAGAGGAUACAUCGUUUUUAUCAAGUUCAGAAAAUCAAUCAUCAACAUCUAUUGAAAAUUCGAUUUUUAAAAAAUCUAAUAUUCAAACAGAUAAUUGG